ACGCACAUAAUGGUCCAUCCUCCUGAACUUUUGCAGGAGUCUUUGAACCAAUUUUACAUUCCUAAUCAGUUGCAGCAUUUCCUGUAUGGACGAGAAAGAAGACCAACAGCGUUCAGAAAUCCAUACAAAUCUGGACCCAUCAAUCAAUAUCACCGAACCAAAUGAUUUCUCAUCUACUAGCAAUGAAGUAACGCCUUCAUCUUCCGUUUCUCAAUCGAUAAUCACAGAAAAUACAUAUGUCGAAACCACUUCAACCUUGUCCGUUCAAAGAGGACAACAUUUGGGCAACUUGUCCCAAUUACCCGUUCGUAUACUUUACGAACGAUUAGGCGAAAAUGGUACCAGCGAUAGCAAUAGUGCCAUUCUAUUCCUGUCAAAGAAUGGAAAAAAGACGAUGAUGGAUGAGAACGGUGACGGAUCAAAUAAAAAGCGUGUCAUGUCGACAUCCGCGGAAGCAGGCGGGCCGAUGACGUUGUACGUUCGAGACAAGAAAACAAAAGAAGAACAAGGUUCCGUCGGUGGCACGCUAGAUGUAGAUUCUGAACCUGUUACUGUUAUGCAAGAAGCAGCAGCAGCCGCACGCCGUCAUUCGGUCGUUGUUCCGCUGUUGAAAGCGAAAGCAGCGAAUGACAUGGAGGUUAACGGAUCUGGUGCAACAAUUACAGCAGAUGAAGAAGGAAAAGGAGGAGAUAUACGACGUAACAUAUCGACUAUUGAUAUCGACACAGUAGUCGAUGGAGGACUGCCGAGUUUAUCAAAAGACAAUGUUGAUAAUGGUGAUAAUCGCUUUCUGUUCUACGCACUUCUAGCACUUACAGUUGCAUUCGCAGGUAUUGGUAUGACGAUAAGCGUGAUAGUUGCAGCCGUUUUCAUUAUAAAGUUCAAAUAUGGUAGAAGAAACGCAAGAAAUCCGUCGGCCUGUUGCAAAGUCCAUUUUACCAAAACGGAUAAUAACAACAGUUGUAACGUAGCAGUAAAUGCCGAUUGCACAAACGUAAACAACGUCUUUCAAGGAGUCGUUUCGCCAGAUUUAUUGCAACAUCAAGGAACUUUGUCAAAAGGAUUAACAUUUUCCACGGUACCAGAAUUAGUGGAUUUCUCAGUCAAAUUUUCAUCUAACGUUUGCGAAAAAUCUUCUAGUGGAGAAAACAUUUACGAUGAGAUACGAAGUUGCAAGGAAGAUCCGACUUUUUCUAGUUUUUAUGUAAAUUUUAACAGUAGUAGUAAUACAUGUUCGUAA